GGGGCUCGAUGUGGGGUGCAACUCGGGGGUUCCACUACUGCGAAGUGAGAGGGAAGCCCAGGUACGUGCCGCAAGCGUUGUGUCACGAGAGCUCAGCCCUAGAGAAAGAGGAAAGAGGAGGACGUCUCCUCCAGGAGGUGCUCUUGUCUAGCAGUUCUGCCCAGGUAUCCUCUUCAUUUAAUUUCCGGAGUCUGAGAGUCUUCUCAAGGGAGAAAACUUUGACUUGUGAAAAUUCUGAGAAUACUGGACUAGUGUCAUAAUUUAUCCUAAAUGUAGCACAAUUUGUGAAGUAACACAGGACCUGGCAAAGCAAUUCAUGGAAAACAGUGCCCACAGAGCAGAAGAUAGCAGAAUGAGCGUGGCCAGUUCUGAGCUCAGGGAGGUGUUUCUCAGUGGUGGAUUACACAGCCAGCAGCAGGCAGCUUCCCAGGAGUGGCCAGGCAGCAAGGAGCCAAGCCGAGAGCUUCCCAGCCUCAGUGGAGCAGGCAGAGGGAGGAGGAAAGGCAAGCGGGGAGGAAUGGAGAAGCCUUGAGGAAACGGGGCUCGGACCUGUGCUAUUCUAACUCUCUGUGAAGGGAGCUGAGAAGGGCCCAUGCUUCACGUCCCUUGGCUGCAUGUGUGGCAGAGGCGAAGGGUGGUGCAGAACAAAGCCAUAUCUGAGCGUGGGGACAUGGCGCCAGCUGUCCCAGGGAUCAGCCAAGUGCGGGUCAGCACUGUCUCCUUAGCCCGUGGACUAGGAGGAGGUGUCAGCUUAAGGAGGGCAGGUGGCUUUAGCAGCUCCAGCCUCUACAACCUCAGCUCUGCCCAGCAGUUCUCCCUUGGAGCUGCCAGGCCCUACAAAUUUCACUCUGGACACGGCUACGGAGGCAUAGGAUGGGGUGGGGUGCUCAGCCCUGGGGGCAUUCAGGAGGUCACCAUCAACCAGAGCCUCCUGACGCCCCUGAACCUGGAGAUUGACCCCAAUAUCCAGCGGGUGCGCAAGGAGGAGAAGGAGCAAAUCAAGACACUCAACAACAGAUUCGCCUCCUUCAUUGACAAGGUCCGGUUCCUGGAGCAGCAAAACAAAAUGCUGGAGACCAAAUGGAGCCUCCUCCAGGACCAGAAGACCACCCGGAGUAACAUUGCUCCAAUGUUUGAGACAUACAUCAACAACCUGCGACAUCAGCUGGAUGGGUUGUUGAAUGACAAAGCACGUUUGGAGGGCGAACUGAAGAACAUGCAGGAUCUUGUUGAGGAUUUCAAGUCCAAAUAUGAAGAUGAAAUCAACAAGCGCACUGCAGCGGAAAAUGAGUUUGUGGUGCUCAAGAAGGAUGUGGAUGCCGCAUACAUGAACAAAGUGGAGCUGGAGGCCAAGGUGGAUGCGCUGACAGAUGAGAUUAACUUCCUGAGGGCUCUCUAUGAAGCGGAACUUAAGGAGCUGCAGGCCCAGAUCUCUGACACCUCUGUGGUGCUGUCUAUGGAUAACAGUCGAAACCUGGACCUGGACAGCAUCAUUGCAGAGGUCAAAGCCCAAUAUGAGGAGAUUGCCAACAGGAGCCGGGCGGAGGCCGAGUCCUGGUACCAAAGCAAGUACGAGGCACUGCAGGUCACUGCUGGGAAACACGGAGAUGAUCUGCGCAACAUGAAGAAUGAGAUCACAGAGAUAAACCGCAUGAUCCAGAGGCUGCAGGGUGAAAUCGAAAAUGCAAAGGCCCAGCGUGCCAAGCUGGACGCAGCCAUUGCUGAAGCUGAGGAACGUGGUGAGUUGGCUGUCAAAGAUGCCAGGGCAAAGCUGGCUGAGCUGGAAGAUGCUCUGCAGAAGGCGAAGCAGGACAUGGCCCGGCAGCUCCGCGAGUACCAGGAGCUCAUGAACGUCAAGCUGGCCUUGGACAUCGAGAUCGCGACCUACAGGAAGCUGCUGGAGGGAGAGGAGAGCAGGUUGGCUGGUGAUGGAGUUGGCAGCAUCAACAUCUCCGUGGUCAGCUCCAGCGGUGGAGGUGGCUAUGCCAGUUCCAGUGGAUUUCUGGGAGGAGGAAGUGGAGGACGCCUUAGCCUGGGAGCAGGCAUGGGCAGCGGGGCGCUCAGCCUCUCCUCUGGGGGUAGCUCCAAAUCCUACACCAUAACCACAACCUCGUCCACCAGGAGAAGCAUCAAGAAGUAACUACAGGAACGAAGAUCAACGGUAUCCAUUACAUGGGAGGAGGGAAACCAUAGAAAGAAAAGCCUUGUUGCCUUCCUUUUAUAGGACAAAUUGGCUGCAAAAUUUCUGCAGUAAUGAAUGAAUUGGAAUAAGACAUACCAGAGUACCUGACCCUGCCACAUAAUGCCUAAGGCUUGAUCCUGCACUGUUGAACUUAGUGGGAACCAUUCCACUGAGAGCAGGUUCAAGCCUGUAGGGUGAAAUUUAUCCAGUGAAGCAGGCGGGAUAACGCUUUUGUUACUUGUGUGCUU